AAUCUCAGAAUCUCAGAAUCUCAGAAUCUCAGAAUCUCAGAAUCUCAGAAUCUCAGAAUCUCAGAAUCUCAGAAUCUCAGAAUCUCAGAAUCUCAGAGUCUCAGAGUCUCAGAAUCUCAGAAUCUCAGAAUCUCAGAAUCUCAGAAUCUCAGAAUCUCAGAAUCUCAGAAUCUCAGAAUCUCAGAAUCUCAGAAUCUCAGAAUCUCAGAAUCUCAGAAUCUCAGAAUCUCAGAAUCUCAGAAUCUCAGAAUCUCAGAAUCUCAGAAUCUCAGAAUCUCAGAAUCUCAGAAUCUCAGAAUCUCAGAAUCUCAGAGUCUCAGAGUCUCAGAAUCUCAGAAUCUCAGAAUCUCAGAAUCUCAGAAUCUCAGAAUCUCAGAAUCUCAGAAUCUCAGAAUCUCAGAAUCUCAGAAUCUCAGAAUCUCUGAGAAUCUCAGAAUCUCAGAAUCUCAGAAUCUCAGAAUCUCAGAAUCUCAGAAUCUCAGAAUCUCAGAAUCUCAGAAUCUCAGAAUCUCAGAAUCUCAGAAUCUCAGAAUCUCAGAAUCUCAGAAUUUCAGAAUCUCAGAAUUUCAGAAUCUCAGAAUCUCAGAGUCUCAGAAUCUCAGAAUCUCAGAAUCUCAGAAUCUCAGAAUCUCAGAAUCUCAGAAUCUCAGAAUCUCAGAAUUUCAGAAUCUCAGAAUCUCAGAGUCUCAGAGUCUCAGAAUCUCAGAAUCUCAGAAUCUCAGAAUCUCAGAAUCUCAGAAUCUCAGAAUCUCAGAGUCUCAGAGUCUCAGAAUCUCAGAAUCUCAGAAUCUCAGAAUCUCAGAAUCUCAGAAUCUCAGAAUCUCAGAAUCUCAGAAUCUCAGAAUCUCAGAAUCUCAGAAUCUCAGAGUCUCAGAGUCUCAGAAUCUCAGAAUCUCAGAAUCUCAGAAUCUCAGAAUCUCAGAAUCUCAGAAUCUCAGAAUCUCAGAAUCUCAGAAUCUCAGAAUCUCAGAAUCUCAGAAUCUCAGAAUCUCAGAAUCUCAGAAUCUCAGAAUCUCAGAAUCUCAGAAUCUCAGAAUCUCAGAAUCUCAGAAUCUCAGAAUCUCAGAAUCUCAGAAUCUCAGAAUCUCAGAAUCUCAGAAUCUCAGAAUCUCAGAAUCUCAGAAUCUCAGAGUCUCAGAGUCUCAGAAUCUCAGAAUCUCAGAAUCUCAGAAUCUCAGAGUCUCAGAGUCUCAGAAUCUCAGAAUCUCAGAAUCUCAGAAUCUCAGAAUCUCAGAAUCUCAGAAUCUCAGAAUCUCAGAAUCUCAGAAUCUCAGAAUCUCAGAAUCUCUGAGAAUCUCAGAAUCUCAGAAUCUCAGAAUCUCAGAAUCUCAGAAUCUCAGAAUCUCAGAAUCUCAGAAUCUCAGAAUCUCAGAAUCUCAGAAUCUCAGAAUCUCAGAAUCUCAGAAUCUCAGAAUCUCAGAAUCUCAGAGUCUCAGAAUCUCAGAAUCUCAGAAUCUCAGAAUCUCAGAAUCUCAGAAUCUCAGAAUCUCAGAAUCUCAGAAUCUCAGAAUCUCAGAAUCUCAGAAUCUCAGAAUCUCAGAAUCUCAGAAUCUCAGAAUCUCAGAAUCUCAGAAUCUCAGAAUCUCAGAGUCUCAGAGUCUCAGAAUCUCAGAAUCUCAGAAAAAGUUCUGUUUCAAGUUGUUCAAAAAAUUUGACUUUUUUCUGUUUCAUGAUAUUCCUAUUAUGGGCAUAACUAAAUUUUGCUAUUCAUAG